ACCUAACCUAGCUAGGUACCUAGGUUAGGUAUCAUGUUAACUUACCGAGUUGACGCCGUGCCCCUCCAUCCAUCUCUAGUCCUCUAGUCCCCUAGUCACAAGCUUGUGUGUAUAUAACCUCCCCCCCUCCCUCUCCAUACCCUUCCUUCUCUUCUCUCUCUCUCCUGUUGCAACGUAUUCAUUCAUUACACUCUCACAACACCGAAAACCCCUCAACACAACCCCCCCAACGCCACUAAUGGAUUUCCUCAAGAAGGCCGCCACUGAGCUCCAGGGCAACAAAAACGCCGCUGCUGGUGGUUCUGCCCCCGCUGCUGGAGGUGCCGCUGCCGGAGAUGCUGCUAGACAACAACAGGAUUACGGAGACAAGGCUUUCGCUGCCAUCUCCAAGCAGACCGGCCACACCUUCUCCGCUGACCAGAGCGAGAAGAUCACCGAUGGCAUCCGUGGCGCGUACGAGAAGGCGACGGGAAACAAGGUUGAUCCUAAGUACUCCAACUAGAGGACUGAUGGGAGGAGGGAUGUCCUGGUAGGGAUGGAAAUGGAUAUGGAUAUGGAUAUGCGUGUUAUGGGAGGAUGAUCCAUGGGUCUUGGGUUUUGGUUUUGAUGUGAUGUUAGCUAUGACAAUCACUUUUGCAGUUAUAAUAAAUUUUGAGAUGUGCAUGAAGCCAUCGGGGAAGGUUGAUUCUGUAAUGGUAGUCUCCAUUUCGGGAUAAGUUAGUGCAACUCCAGCCAUGUGCACAUCACGCCCGCCCAC